AUGGUGUGUGAGGGAGUGGGACGUGGUGUUUUGCCGCUGUCUCUGCCGCAAAGACGGAAAGACGAGCGGUGUCCCCUGUGGUCCUCCUCUCUCCGCUCGCUUCCCUCUGGCUCCACGUUCUCCUCCUCCUCUUCCUCCUCCUCCUCCUCCUCUCCUCAGCAGCAGCAGCAGAAGCACCGCGUCAAGCUCCGCCGCCACACCGCGCACACGUCACUGUCCGCGCGUCACACCGCACCGCCUCGCGCACCGCUCACUCCCGCGGUUCCUGCUCCGUGCUCAGACAUCCGCUGUUUCCAUCGGAGGUGCAGGGAUGCAGAGGAGGUGGAUGCAGAGGAUGUAGAGCCAGAGGAGGAGGAUGCAGAGGAGCAGGAUACAGAGAAGGAGGAGGCAGAGGAGGAGGAUAUAGAGGAGGAGGAGGCAGAGGAGGAGGAGGAUAUAGAGGAGGAGGAGGACACAGAGGAGGAGGAUAUAGAGGAGGAGGAGGCAGAGGAGGAGGAUAGUGUGUUCUCUGCAUUUUCACUCUGGUAA